CGAGAGGGCACGUGACCGGAGUCGGUGGCUAUUUAUAGGCCCGCGCGCAGAACUACUGACCGCUCUGGUGUGCUUCCUGGCAGCGCGCGGCAGGACGGCUGCAGGGUGAGGAGUCGGCUCUGUAGUCAGAUGAGUUUCAGUAUGAAGCAGAAAUUGGAUGCAGGAAAAGGCUCAGGAACUAUAAAGUACUUCACAGACAAUGCAAACUCAGCCCCAAGACGGACUCUUAAAAUGAUUCAGCCUUCAGCAGCAGGUUGCCUUGUUGGCAGGGUAAAUGAACCUGCUAAAUGUUCAAUCAAAAGGAAACUUUGGAGUGAUCAGCUAAUUGCAAAGACCUGCAAAGCUGAGGUUGUGGACCCAGAACAGAAAAAUGAAAAUCUAAAAGUCACUCAAGCUGUUGAUCUCAUGGUAAAAAAAAAUCCUCCCUCUCGGUAUUGGAAGGAAGUGGCUGAAGAAAGGAGGAAGGCACUGUAUGAAGUGCUUCAGGAAAAUGAAAAGAUGCACAAAGAGAUUGAACAGAAAGAUGGUGAAAUUGCCCGUCUAAAAGAAGAAAAUGAUGAGCUGGUAUUACUUGCAGAACAUGUGCAGUACAUGACAAACAUGAUUGAGAGACUAACUGGGCAGGCACCUGAUGGCCUUGAGUCACUGAAAAAUCUAGACUUGGAGGAAUUUGAGCAGGAGGAUGAAGAGGGUGAUUCUGAGGGUGAUGUAGAUUGUGAUUCUGAAGAGUUGCCGUCACAGGUCUCAUGUGAUUCUAGGGAGAAUGCCACAGAUUCAUCUGCAGAGAAAGCUAGAAGUCUGUGAAAACGGCUUGGCAAACUUGAGUGGCCAGUGUGCACAUGGCUUCCUAUCUUAAUUGCUAAAUGACUGUUGGAAGAAUAUACUGCCAAAGUUUACCUCAGAUAAGUUACAAGUCUUGUGGAAGCUUUAAAAGUUCACAAUGGGUUUUAACUGGUAAUAUGUAGCAAUGGAAAUAGCUGUAUACUACCUAAACAAGGUAUUACAGACUGAAUUUGGUCACUUCUUUAAAAUGGAAAUACUAUGUAUUUCUAACUUGUGUAAAUAGUAUCUGUUGCUUUGACAUGAGAAUGUGUACUUGAUAAAUAAACUAAACUCUACCAAAACACUCUGCCUCUUAAAACAUGGUGCAUGGGGGACAGAUUAAGGUCUCAUACUCUGGGAGAUAUAGAAGUCUGGCAGUCACUGAGCAAACAUGAACAUACAGCAUAAGCACUUGAUAAAGUGAUUCUUAGUUAAUGCCUCAUGGAACUGCUCAGUGUAAUACAAACUUAAGUACUGUAUAACUGGUUUUAGAACUUCUUUUGUCUCAAACUAGAAUUAAAGGUUAACCAUUCUCUAGGCAAGCCUUUAUGGGUGAAUUGUAAAAUCUACAGCUGGGCUAUUAAGAUAUAGGAUCUAGUUAUGGUGGUUCUGUUCUGUCUGUAGAAGGGCUUGGCAGCAUCAAGCUACACUCACAUAGGAUUUUCCCGCUGUCUUUCGUGAUGCGAGUUGUAUAGGCUACAGUUGCAGUUCCGGUAUGUAGUGAACUCCCAACAAAAUAGCUAUUUGGGGAGUAUCUUGUAUGGAUGGAUUAGUUAACUUCAUUGUCCCCUGCAGUUUCUGGCAAAGACUAAGCUGCAUGAAGAGGAAAUACACAGAUUUCUGUGGAGAAAGGAAGAUAGGAUAAAUAUCCUAUGGGAACUAGUGUUGAUACCAGACACCUGUAAUCACUUCCUGCAUCUUAUCCUAGUAGAUACUCCUUGAAUCCAGGUACAGCUUGUGUACACACUUCUCUCCAGUGUUAAAAGUAGUUCAUAGAAUGUUCACUCUUCUGCUCCAGGAAGAGGAAAACAUAACUAUUUACCUAGUGGGUUUUUCAAAACGUGGGGUGGCGUGGGGGGAGGGAUAUAUUGGCCUUUCUAAAAGAGGGGAAGGGGGAAAUGGCUGCAGUCAGUGCUGAAAGCAAAAAAAAUCAUAAUUGUAUUAUGUCUGAAUCAAACCUCAUUAGUCCCUACCCCAGGGCACUAACUUGUUUGUACAACCCUUAGUGUAGUAGAGCCCAACCCAUUAGUAGUCGUGGAUACUACUGCAAUAUAAAUGCUUAACCAGAAUAAAAGUGUGCAAAUUCUACUAACAAGGGACCACUCUGAAAUGUAAUUGACUUUUGUUAGAAUAUUUGCAAAUUGCCCACAUCUAAUAAACUAAACCUGACAACUAAGUGGUAGGUAUAAGUGAUGGUGAAUUUUUAAAAUAAGAUUUGCAUUUUACCUAAAAAUAAAAACUCGUGCAGUGGUUCUCAACCUGGGGCCCAAUCAGCACACAGCUAUGGCUCCUGUAACAUCCUCAGGGCCAUACAGAUGGUUGGUUUUGUGUUUACAGUAACUCCUUGCUUAACAUUGUAGUUAUGUUCCUGAAAAAUGCCACUUCAAGUAAAACAAGUGAAUCUAAUUUCCCUGUAAGACAUAAUGUAAAUGAGGGGGAGUGGGGGGGGUGUCCCAGGAAAUUUUUUGCCAGACAAGACUAUAUUUUAUACACCUCUACCCCAAUAUAAUGCUGUCCUCAGGAGCCAAAAAAAUCUUACCAUCUUAUAGGUGAAACCGUGUCAUAUCAAACUUGCUUUGAUCUGCUGGAGCAUGCAGCCCUGCCCCCUGGAGUGCUGCUUUACUGGGUUAUAUCCAAAUUCGUGUUGUAUCAGGGUAGAGGUGUGUAUAUACAGUAAGUAUUAAACAAUUUAAUACUGUACACAGCAAUGAUUGUGAAGCUUGAUUGAGGUGGUGAAAUAAGAGGGUGGGAUAUUUCUCAGGGAAUGCCUUACUGUUAAAUGAUCCAGCACUCAGCUGAGCUCUCAAGGGUUAAUACAAGGGUUAAGGUAGCCUAACACUCUACAAGGUAGCACAAAUGGAGGGAGGGGAGACAGACGCAGGGUGUGGGGUGUGAGAUGUGCAUUGCCCCUUAAUUACACUGACCCUACUCUUAAGAGCAUUGCCUUUUUAAGUAGAUCAGCAAGGUGAGACAGCAGCUGCUGCCAGCAAGCUCCCUCUGUCAUGUUUCCCCCUGAUCUGUGGAGAUGUGGGGGUGGGGAGGGAGGGUAGGAGUGGGAAGCAGGAGGACGACACCCUGACAUUAGCACCCCAUUGCACAGCAAGUAGGAGGCUCCCAGGAGCAGCUCCAAGGCAGAGGGCCGGAGCAGCACAUGGACAGCUAAACUGCCUGGCAAUUGAUAGCUGGCUGGGCGGCUGCUGCACAGGGGACUGGGGAGCUGAUGGGGGUGGGGAGGGUAGCCAGUCCACCUUGGUUCCAAGCCCCCACCAGCUAGGUCCAAUGAGCUGCUGUCAGGGUUCCCUCUCCACUCUGAACUCUAGGGUACAGAUGUGGGGACCCACAUGAAAGACCCCCUAAGCUUAUUUCUACCAGCUUAGGUUAAAAACUUCCCCAAGGCACAAAUUCUUUCCUUGCUCUUAGUAUCGCUGUCACCACCAAGUGAUUUAAACAAACAUUCAGGGAGGGCCACUUGGAGCCCUACCUCCCCCAAAAUAUCCCCCCAAUCCCUACACCCCCUUUCCUGGGGAGGCUUGAGAAUAAUAGCCUAACCAAUUGGUUACAAAGUGAGCACAGAUCAAACCCCCUGGGUCUCUGUUUUUCAGUGUCCUAAUCAUGUUCUUAAAAGAAGUUUGUUUAAAAAAAAAAAAAAAACCCUAAAAGAAUCACCUGUGUAAAAUCAGGAUGGAAGAUAACUUUACAAGGUAACAAAAAGAUUCCAACCACAGGAUUUCCCCUCUAGCCAAACUUUAAAGUUACAAAAACAGGGAUAAACCUCCCUUUUAGCACGGAAAAUUCACAAGCUGAAACAAAAGAUAAUCUAACAUAUUUCCUUGCUGUUACUAUUUCUGUAAUAUUAGGUGCUUAUCUCAGAUAUGGCUUAGAGAUGUAUUUCCCCUGCCCUGGCUUCUCACUGAUGGGGAGAGAACAAAGGAACACUAAAACACAAACCUUCCCCUACAGAUUUGAAAGUAUCCUGUCCCCUCAUUGGUCCUUUUGGUCAGGUGCCAACCAGGUUAUCGGAGCUUCUUAACCCUUUACAGGGCAAGGAAGGAUUUUUAUGCAACCCUUAGCUGUAUGUUUAUGACAGCUGCUCUUCCUGCAAGCAGUGGACAAAGCAGGUGGUUGCCAAACAACAUUAUAAGGGAGCAUUGUGCAACUUUAAAUGAGCAUGUUCUCUAAUGAUCAGCAACAUAAUGUUAAGCGGGAUGACUUUUAAGUGAGGAGUUACUGUGUGUGUGUGUGUGUGUGUGUGUGUGUGUUGGCUGCAGCCCACUUAACACAACUGCAUAUGUGGCCCACAGUGGUAAAUAGGUUGAGAACCACUGCUUUAAUCAACUAAAAAAAUAUUUUCUACAGAACUGAGAGUUAUCUAGCUCUUGAAACAGAAAAUACUCCGUGGGAGGGGUUUAAUGCAGCUAUCAGUCUCACUUAAAAUGGAAGGUAGAAACCAUUGCUCAAUAGCAAUACUUAAUAGUGACCUAUAUGAUCAACAAUUGAUUGAUUACCUUAAUCUCUGCAUUGUGAAGGAACAGUGAGUUAUGUAAUAUUUAUGACUCUGAAGUGUUUAAUAGUGCAUACAUUUAAAGCACUUAUCUGAAGAUCUCAAAUGUAGUGCCAUUGAUCUCCAUGGGAGUCAUAGUAAAGUUAAUCAGGUGUUUGCCAGAUUAAGCUUCAAAUGUUUGCACAAUGAGAAGCAGUUUUCCUCAUCAAAUCUGAUGAAAAUUUGCUUUACUGUACCUCCUACUUACAUAAUUUGUGAUGUUCUGAAAAUGUGAGUUCUGUUUCUGAAAUCAAAUAAGUUAAUGUUAAAAAAAUAUUUAGUCAUAAUUUACCAUUUGAAUUUUCUCAAAAAAAAAUAAAUGAAAUAAUGUAACAAAACACUGUGUACAGAUCUUACAUGUUAGAUGUAAAAAUACCCACUUUUGUAGAGUCCCUGAAUGUACCUGCCAUACACCUUAUGUAUUUUCUUUAUAUAAAAGUGUGUUAUAAGGAG